AUGGAUAUACCAUCAGUUUGCGAAUCGGAUCCUGUAAUGUUCCACAGCUUGUACGAUGAGUCGUUCUGCCCUAGGCAGUCCAGGAAUAAUCAUGAACCGGUGAAUAUACAACAGCGUAGUGUCAGUGUUCCAAGGCCGGCGCUACAUCCAGCACCCGUAGGCCUUUUUCAUUUAUUGUUUGGCAAAACAUUAGCGUUGAGCCUUAGUAACGAGUUGAGUUGA